CUGGGCGGAGCCUGAGCCCUCCGCGCGGACUGACAGGCAGCUGUGGACACGCCCCCUCUCCGUAUCCAGGUUACAGAUGACGUCAUCGCGUCGUUACGUGAACAGGAAGCAGCGCGAUGUAAACAGACAAACAAUAACAGCUGUCGUGUCUGUUCCGCGUCCGGUGAGCUCGCGGACUGUUCCACACUCUGUGACCAGAACCGAACCGAACCGAACCUUUAGCUCCCUGAGGCUAACGGGAGCUAGCUGCCUGCGCAGCGGCUUCAACAAGAUGGAUGACAGCAAGAUGGUCUCUGGUAAAGUGAAGAAACCCGGCAAACGCGGCCGCAAACCUGCGAAGAUCGACCUGAAGGCCAAACUGGAGCGGAGCCGGCAGAGCGCCAGAGAGUGCCGGGCCCGGAAGAAGCUGCGGUACCAGUACCUGGAGGAGCUGGUGUCCAGCAAGGAGAGAGCCAUCUGCGCCCUGCGGGAGGAGCUGGAGAUGUACAAGCAGUGGUGCUCGGCCAUGGACCAGGGGAAGAUCCCCUCAGAGAUCAAAGCUCUGCUGACCGGAGACGAGCAGAAGACGCCGCAGAGCGGCAGCAGCACCAAGACGUCCAAGAACAGCAAGAACAUCAGCAGCAACGGACAGGUGUGAGGAGACGGACGGACAGAGACUGAAGGUUCUGGUCACCUGUGGUUCUGUGGAACAGCUGGAGCUUCUGUGAUGUCAUACUUUGUUUUGUACUGUCUGUGUCGAUCAGCUGUUUGCUCCACCCGUCCUCCAUCAGAGCGCUGAGCUGCUUCCUGUCAGUCAGAAGUCUGAAUACAAAGUUUAACCAGAACCAGAACCAGAACCGGAACCACGAGGCCUUUUGGUUUGUGGAACGAUAAAUAAAUAAACUUUAUUCUUUAGUGUUCGUGACGCCGCGCCGCUCGCUAACGUGAUAAUCAGACGCCUUCUUCCUGUCGUGCAUUAAGUCACAGGAAGUCAGUGACGAUCUAUUUUUGUAUUUUGGAUCAGCUGUUUGUGGACGACCCGUCAGACUCGUUACUGAGACUGACGACGACGAGCUCGUUAGUUUAUUUCAAAUCUGAUGAAAUUUAGUUUGAUGUUUUUCUGUUUGAGCACUUUGUUCGAUGAUGGUGAAGCCAGCAGGGGGCGCUGUGAGGAGGAGAGGGUGACGUCAUCACUCCUCAGUCAGGAUGGAUCAGCUGAUUGAAGGACACACACACACACACAGACACAGACACAGACACACAUGCACACACACUCUCACACACACACACACACAUGCACACACACUCACACACACGAACACACACACACAUGCACACAGACACACACACACACACACCCAUGCAUGUAUAUAUGGACAGUUUAAAGCGUUCAUUGGUUUCUGUAAAUGAAAUAAAUGACGUUGGUGAAGUUUGUUUGACUGUUGGAAAUAAUAAAAGCCUCAGACUGAUGGUGACGACUUUAAAUUCAUUCAGUUCAUUGUGAAUGUUUAAUAAACAACAAACCUGAGUGUGUGAAUGAGA